AUGAAAAGGACUAAGAAUUUAUAUGGUAAGACGUUCUUUUCAAGAAGAGAUUUAGUGGAGCUUUUGGAUGAUGAACAUAAUAGAAUACCGUCUGCUUACGAAUUGGGAAUGUCACCUGUGGUCAAAACUACUACCAUCCGAUUUGCUGGCCAAGUCUUAAAACAAUUGAACACAUCAAAUAUUAUUGAUAUAGGCUGCGGGAAGGGGUAUUUAGAUCGGAUACUUGAGAGCUGCUUUCACGCAAAGGUGUUUUGCGUGGAUAAAAAUAAAGAAAGGUUGAAAAACACAUUGAAAUGGAAUAGUCUGAUUCGGGGAAACUUGGAAGAACAAGGAACUUUAAUUUUAAAUGGAAGAAAACAUGGUAUAAGUGGUAAUAUAUGUACAAUGAUGAAGAAUGUCAAGAACAAAUCAGAUCUAAGAGGGAUCCUGCUACAGGCAUCGACGUUCUUCAGACUUGGAAGACCACUAAACCUGCAUUUACAAGAUAUCACUAUUGUAGCUCUAAAGAUUUGCGGAGAUUUUAUCUAUAAUUUUGUGGACGGUCUUUCGGAAAUUCGUUAUUCAGGUCUCGGUCAUCAGCUGCAGCAUAUUAAUUUUGCAAUAGUGCCAUGCUGUGUGGGGAAAAGUGAACGGUUCCCUGCAUCCCAAAAGUUACGAGAAUGUACUGCAGAAAAAAGAGACGAUGACGUAAUCAUGCUGGACAUGUACAUGUAUAUGGUGGAGUGCGAAGACAUAGCAAAUGUAGAUGUGAAUUAUUUAAAUGACGGAUACUAUAUGUUUACUGGAAAGAUCUGCAAGGAGAAGUCGGGAAACAAAGGAUCGGAAUUUGGCGUGCAAUAA